GACGACUGCACAGCGAAUUUCAGUUGAUUGCAUAAGAUUCACGUGGAAUUAUGUACGCUUUUUUGAAGUGAAUUUGUGUAUUAAUUAAAAUUUUUGAAUUGAAAAUGGAAAAAUUAUUUCUCCUUUGCCUGCUCAUCUGCUCGGCAUACGCCAAGAUCUCAGUAAUGUACGCUCACGAAAGAAUGUCUGAUUUGAUGGCUGAACAGUGCCUUAAUGAAAUGUUCCCGAAAGGCAAACGGGUUGAGCUCCAAGAUUCCGAUGAGUCCUGUAUCAUCUACUGUGUCUUGAAGAAGUUCGGCAUCAUGAAUGGGACUGGACAAAUUAACUUAGAUAUUUACAGGAAACGUGUACGCCAAGCACACCAGCUAGAUACUCGUCACAUGAUAGACGACAGAGGAGGCGCAUGCAUUGAGAGUGCUGAAGCCACGCAGCACAAGCAAGACGUUUGCAAGAAGGCCAAAGUGUUCAACGACUGCACUCAUCUGUAUAGAUUAAUCUUUAAAUCUCCAAGAAACUACUGUCAUACUAUCAGAUAUCUUUCCAUCGCUUCUCGGAUUAUCCAUAUUAAUAAAAUGCUGCUGUACACGUUUUUGAGCCUAAUUGGAUGCACGCUGGCCUCACAACCACAUGGCUCAUCCGGAACAUUAGUUGAUUUCACGGACCCCAAGGUACAAGGUCACCUAGACGCAUUAGUCCGUAUGGCACAAUCCUGUGUGAUCAAAGUUCGGGCAUCACCAAAAGACGUCAGAGCGUACUUCACCAACUCGCCGCCUAUAACCCGAUCGGGGCAAUGUUUCGCGGCGUGCAUGCUAGAGCAGAGUGACGUUAUUAACCACGGAAAGGUAAACCGAGACCUCCUCGUUCAUCUUGCAAGCCUGGUAAACGGCAAGAACUCCCGCGUCGUCCGCAAACUACACAGCAUAUCCCGGCUCUGCCUCGACAGCAUCGAAGGAAUGUCUGACAGAUGUCAACUAGCCUCCACAUACAAUGACUGCCUGAACGAGAAUAUGAUCGAGUUUGCUUUCCCUCUUGACAUAGCGGAGGAGGCUGUCAGGAAGAUGCCGUUUCACCUUAUUCAGCCGAAUUUACCGCAAGAAUUGAGACACGCAUUUUAGCCAAGGAUUUUUUUGUAUGUUUUAAUAAAUUUUAUUAAUAAA